UUGGGCAGGUGGGGGCGGGCUGAGCCUCGGCUUUUGGCAGCUUCACCACAGGCAGAGGGAGCGGGGAGGAUCCGGCGGCUGCUGCCGAGGAUGUUAAGUUUGUGCUGGCUGCUGCUGCCGCUGGCUGAGGGAAUCCAUCCAGAAUGCAAGAUAUUCCAGCAGGUGGUGAGAGAGGAGGCUCUCUGCUUAGAAAAGAAUGAAUCUGUUUCACCUGAUCUUAAAGGAUGUGCCAGAGAUUGGGACGGACUAACCUGCUGGCCCAGAGCCACUUUUGGGGAGGUGAUUAAAGUUCCCUGUCCCAGAUUUUUUGAAGAAAUCACCCAUAUUCAUGGCUUCCUUCAGAGAAAUUGUACACAGGAUGCAUAUUGGUCAGAACCAUUCCCACCAUACACUAUCGCCUGUGGAUUUGAUGAAGGUUCCAGUAAAGGACCAGAGGAUCAGAAAUCAUAUUAUUCUGCAUUUUGGCGUGUCUACACUGCGGGCUAUGCAGCAUCAGUGACUUCACUCAUUACAGCUCUAAUUGUCUUUGCUGCCUUCAGAAAAUUCCACUGCACACGGAAUUACAUCCAUAUGCACUUGUUUGUCUCCUUUAUCCUGAGAGCAAUUGCUGUUUUCACGAAAGAUGCUGUUUUGUUUGCAGAUGAAAAUAUGGACCACUGCCUUAUGUCAACGGUUGCUUGUAAGGUUGCUGUGGCAUUCUUCCAGUUCAGUAUUUUAGCCAAUUUCUUCUGGCUUCUUAUAGAAGGGAUAUACCUGCAAACACUGCUUUUGCUGACUUUUGUUUCGGACAAGCAGUAUGUAUGGUGGUUCAUAUUUACUGGCUGGGGAGCUCCCACUGCUGUGAUGGUUGCUUGGGUCCUCACAAGAAUCCAUCAACAAAAUACCGGAUGUUGGGAUGAUGAAGAAAAUGGAGUGGUGUUAUGGAUCAUCAAAGGCCCCAUUCUGCUAACUGUAUUAAUUAACUUUAUUAUAUUUAUUAAUGUGAUCAGAAUUCUAGUCCACAAAUUGAAAUCUCAAAAGCGAGGAGGGAGCCAUUCAAGCCAUUUUGUGAGACUUGCUAAAUCCACGUUACUUUUGAUCCCACUCUUCGGAGUGCACUAUAUUGUAUUUGCAUUUUUCCCAGAAAGCACUGGUCUGGAAGCUCGCCUUUACAUUGAGUUGGGCUUGGGUUCUUUUCAGGGUUUUGUUGUUGCACUUCUAUAUUGCUUCUCAAAUGCAGAGGUUCAAAGUGAACUCAAGAAGCAACUGUGCAAAUGGAAGUAUCAAGAAUACUUGAACUUCACACACAAACAUGGGACUUUGUCCAGGGAAAACAGUCCAGUCAACUACGUCACUCAAUUAUCACUGCUUGAAAAAAUCAGUCCAAAAAGGAAAACAUCUGUGUACCAGAAUGGUGUAACUUCUGUCUGAGUUUUUUUAUCAGGAUGAGUUGAUGUGGUUUUGUAACAUACUACCUAAGAGAUGGCCAGCUUGGAUCCUCUAUGACUUUCCAUAAGUGUCAAGAGCCUUCUGUGAAUUUCUUGUCCUAUAUGUGAGCUGCUUUUCUCACCUGGUACAGAUCAGUAUCACAACUCUCCCUCCUUAAGCAUACACAAUCCACAUGUCUUAUUGUCAAAAGCCAGACCUUGAGCUAGUGUGAAUUAACAGGUUAGCUUUCAAAAACAAAACACCUACAUUAAUUCCUCCUGGGCCCAGCAUGUUUGUCACAAUGUUAAUGUUUCCCAAAAUUUCCAGUUUUCAAGAACCUUAUUACAAAUCUUCAUUUGAAAGAGUUACAUGCUGGCAAAGGGUUUCCAUGUUUUCUGAUGUUUUACUGGUGUUUUGAGUCAACGGGAGCCAACUUAGUGGGAAUUACACACAGAAACUUGCUAAAUGCCUACCUAUGGUGCAGUAACUUCCUUUAAAAGGGAUGUGAAGGUGUCUCAAGAGUGACACUAAAAAAUAAUGAGUUACGUUAUCUGCUUGGGUUUUUUUCUUCCAUGCUUGUUGAACAGGGAGAUUAAACUAGGCCAGAGGACCCUAACCCCUUUUUUGGCCAUGGGAAAACACGGAGUAGCUGAACAUUGGGCAGAUUACAUGUGUAUGAAGAAAGAACAUAGAACAAAUCCAAUGCAAUUUGCUAGCUGAGUUAACUUGAGCUCAGAACCUAAUCUGAGUGUCCAGAUGCUGGUCCUUGUGUAGCUGGAACAGACUUUCUGUCAUCAUAACCUUUAUCUAUCUAUGAAAUACACAGAUCUAUGAAAUACAUACAUCUGUGCUUUUGUGCUCUUUUGGGGACCUCCUUUUGAGGACUAAUCUGCUGUGAUUGCUGCGAUUAUCUCAGUCCUGCCCAUCAUUUCUCAGCUCAUUAUCACUCCACUCAAUUGUUUCUGGAGUCAGAAUUAUCAACACAGCAGUGUGAUCUAGUGAAGAAAAGUGUGGUCUAGUGAAGAAAUAUAUGAUCUAGUAAAACAGAGAAAAGCAAUUUUGUGCUUUGGAUGGCUUUCCUCUUUCUCCAGGACCAAUCUGGACUCUACCUCAAACUCUUCAAAAGUAAAGAAAGGGUACACAAGGUACACUAGACACAGAUAUAGAUCCUUUCAAGGUACAACCAUUUCCAGGAGAAACUACAUACAGACUUGAAAGCAGUGCUAGAGACCAUGACCAUUCAAGUAUAUGUUGGCUUUCUGUGAACUGCAAUAUCAGUUUAGCUUUAAAUAGUAGUGUUCCAGUCCCCCAUUUAGCUCUACUCUUCGUUAAUUACUUAGGCCAGGAGACAUUUGACUUUGUGGAAAUGUCUUGGUUGAUUUGAGGUGCUUCAUCUCUAGUUCCAUUAUUAUAGCCAAUAUUAAUUGUCCAGACUUCUAUGGAUAUGAUUCAGAUCAGCCCUUUAUUAAUUAGGCAUUAAACCCAUCUGUCCAAAUGAAUCAGAUGUCCUCUCUAAAGUGUAAUUUUGUAUAUUCUGACCUCCUUAUCAGUUUUCCUUCUAAAAGUAACCUUGGCUCCUGUGUAGUUUGAAUUUGUUGUCUAGCAUAGUGAUGUUAAAACAUUUGUAUGUACAUCUAUAAAAUGCAAGUGAUAAUUAAAGUUGUUGUGACUUUGUAAA